GGAUAUGGUUUGAAGUGCUAUACCUGCGUCAGUACCAAGAGCUGGGGUGACUGCGAGGACAUCAAGAAAGAAUCCACUUGCCCUCCCACUGCCAAUCGCUGCGCCAAAAUAAGCGUAGACGUCAAAAAAGGAGGAGUGUCAGUUGAAGAGUAUGGGAAAACUUGCUUAAGCGAAGAAGCGUGCUCAGCCACCGAAAAGGUCGACUUGUGUAAGGGAGCAGGAGAAUGUAAAGUCAACUGCUGUUCUGGUGAUCUGUGUAACGCUGCGUCGUUCAAAAUAAUGAGCACCUUUAUUUUGCUCACUUGUGUUCUUGUUGCGUUGAUUCAAUGA